AUGCAGGUAUUUGACCAAAAGAUCCGCUACCAGAUCGCCAAUCACUUGCAUUUUGGCCACUUCGACUAUGAAUACGAACUUUUUCAGGAAGAUUUCAGAGGUUGCGAAGCUGAUAAGAGGGUUCUACAUCACAUGCUCCCCGAAAUCCUACAAAGCACUGUUCGAAAAGCCUUUAACGACCCGCUUGUCACCUCUAUCGAGGCACGCGCUGAAGCGGUCCUAAAGAUCGAAGGCCAUCCCUACGAUGAGAAGACCAAAGCUCAAUACGUCGAGUACAUGUUGCAGUAUUUGACCCGAGGAGGCAAGCUAGCAGCGAUCGAUCGGGCACUUCGCUCGCCCAGCGAGUAUCCGCUUUUUAGUUCCACAGAACGGGCCGACCUAGUUAGCGCUGCCGCUGUAGGUAGCCUGUGUGCAGUGAAGGAACUCCUCGAGGAGAACGAAUCAGACUGGCCGUCGUGGCCAUAUUUCCGACAACAUGCGUCCAACGACAACGUCUACGCAGAUCCUCUUCGAGCAGCAGCGUCUAAUGGACACAUAGAAGUCGUACAGCAUCUACUCAAAGCACUUAAAGACUUCGGAGGUGCAGAAAAGUGGACCGAUACUUUCAAGCACAGAUUCCAGUGCAUCUUUAACGCAGCUAUUCAAUCCAAACACCGCCAAACGAUUCUUACGUUGGCAGUAGUCGCUAGGAAGAAUGGAAUCUGUGACUCCAGCUUGACUCACGUGGGUCUAGCCUGUGCUGAACUAUGGAUCAGGACUGCUAUCAAGACCGGCUGCAUGGACACUUUCAAGACUACUAUGGCGGUAGUGGGGAGUACUGCCCCCAUAUCCGCAAAGACACUCGUGGCAUAUGCGAUGCUCUUCGCGUGCGAGUACGGCCAAGUGGAUAUCCUUCGACACCUCAUUGCCCAUAACCCCACCUGCUUCCAGCGGGAGGGUCCCGUAGCAGGCUCGGACAUAGCCCGACGGUACAAGACUAAAGUCGAACAGACCUUGGGCUUAUCGUGCAUGCAAACCGCCGCCCAGUACCUCCAACGACGCGUCAUCGAUGUACUCCUCGAACACGGCGUUUCCAUCAACGCAGGCUCUCCCAUUAUACGCGCCAUCGAGUUCGAAAACAUUUCUACCGUUAAGUACAUGCUCGACCACGGCGCGGAGUACAAUCGGCAUGUACACCGCGAGUGCCUUAAGCAGCUGGGUCCUAGUGCCAAUAGAGCAUUGAGCGAGUUCAAGGAGACGGAUAUGUUGCCUGUUAUCUUCUAUCUCGUGGCUAAGCGUAUGGGAAAGCCGCGCUACUCGCUUCGUAAGAGCGGGGUGGAACAGCGCCUUAUGAGCUUUGUUGAGGAUAUUGAGGGGAGUGAGUUUUGGAGGGGGAAGGUUGAGGCUGUACUUGGGAAGGAGAUGUUCAAUGAGCCGAGAUGCAUGGAAUAUCAAAGGUUCGUCAUGAAUGACUCGUGGGAGUGCUAUCGGCGGAGAGUAUAG